AUGGCGACCGGCUAUGCUCAACCACCCGCCAACUACCCCACAAGCACUUUCCCGUCACUUCCGCCCCCAACGCCCUUACGCAAGUCUCUUCCGGUCAUACCCACACCCAACACCUCUGCCACCCUGCCUACUUUCUGGAUCAGUAUUUCUGCCAGCAGUGUGCUGAGUGUGGAUGCUGCUGUGAUGCCUUCCCUGAGGAUUGUGGUUGCCCUGACCUAUGGGCUUGUAGGAGCAAUUGGAUUACUAGGAAAUUUGGCUGUGCUGUGGGUGCUGGGUAACUGUGCUUGGUGAGCCCCUUGCCUGUUGUCUGACACUUUUGUCUUCAACCUGGCUCUGGCAGCUGGACUGGCACUCAUUUUCUCUUUCUGGACAGGUGAGUUGGAUUUCCACUGGUCCUUUGGAGGUACCCUCUGCAAGAUGGUUCUGAUGGCCACUGUUUUCAACAUCUAUGCCAGCAUCUUCCUCAACAUGGUGCUGAGUGUUGCUCAAUACUGGGUGGUGGCGAUGACUGUAGGACCAGGCACCCACCUUUCCCUCUUCUGGGCCUGCAUGGCCACCCUGGCAGUGUGGGUGGCAGCUGCCCUGUUGACAGUGCCCAUGGCAGUCUUUCCACUAUGUUUAUUUUUAGAGGGGGAGGUGUGGGGUGUGCGUCUGUGCCUGCUGUGCUUCUCCAGCAGGUAUUGGUUGGGGACCUACCAGUUGCAGGGCAUAAUCACCCCCAGCGACCUGCUGUGGCUGGCCUUUCUGUGGCGGCAGUGAUGGUGAUGGCAGGACAGCAGCGUCAUGGCCCGCUCUGUCUGCAUCCUGGUGGUCUCCUCCUUCCUCUACUGGUUCCCCACUACACUGUGGGGUGUCCUGGUGAAGUUUGACCUGGUACCAUGGGACAGCACUUUCUACACCAUCUAUACCUAUGUCUUCCCUGUCACCACCUGCCUGGCACACAGCAACAGCUGCCUCAACCCUGUGCUGUUCUGUCUCCUACGGCAGGAGCCCUGACAGGCCCUGGCAGACACCUUCAUGGAUCUUUGAGCAUGGCUGUGGCCCCAGAACUGAGGCUGGAUGAAGCAGGUGGCUUAA